GGGCGGCUCGUGAGCUGCUGCCCAAAUUUGGUGCACGUUGCAGUCAAUCUCAUCAGCUUGCAGCCCACAAUCGAUAUGGGGAUCAAACCACUAUCUCUGUCUAUGCCGACAGGCUUACCGCCGGUACAACAAGAAUAUGCCAGGUCACUGCAGAUGCUUGCACGACUUCCGAAGCUCGAAACCUUCCUCCUUCGUGGCCCCCCUUGGUUGCGUGGCAACUACAGUGCAAUGGAGCGUCAAUGGCGAUAUGCGCAGGUUGCCGACGAAAUCAUAAGGGUGCUCGCAAAGGCCGGUUCGUCGGUGUCUACGCUCGCCUUUAGCCCCGCCUACAGACCAUCAAAAGAUAUACCUUUUGAUGUGGCAGACGAAAACGGACAUAUUUGGCCUCGAUAUAGGUACAAGAGAGACGUAGUAUUCGAGGUCGGAGCUGGACGUGAGAUGGUUGUCAAACAUAUUGCUGUACCUUGCCCAUUCCCAGUGACGAGGUUAGGGGGGCUACAAUGGGAAGGUAUACUCAGAUGAAAG